AUGUGGAGGGGUGGGGGGCGGGGCCGUCCUCAGCAGGGCGUGCUCCGGCCGGCGCAGGUCUGUGGGACUCGGUCGUCCCAGCGCAUCUCGAAGCUGGCCUACCACCAGGGCGUGGUCAUCGUGACCUGUCCCGGCUGCCAGAACCACCACAUCAUCGCCGACAACCUGGGCUGGUUCUCCGACCUGGACGGGAAGAGGAAUAUCGAAGAGAUCCUGGCGGCCAGAGGAGAGAAGGUGCGCCGCAUGGCUGGCGAGGGGGCCCUGGAACUGGUUUUGGAGACUGCAGGGGCCCCCGAAUCUACUGCUGCUCUGGAAGGGGGUGAGGACAAGGAUCCCACCCACCCUGGCAAAACAGAGUUGAGUUGACUCCCGCCUUCGUGGAACUCCUGCCUUCCAGAAAGAUGCUCCAUUGGCUGUGGGCCUCUCUGGACGUGGCCUGUUUUCCAUCAAUAAACAGACAUUGCUCCAGGUGCUGGGCCCACA